AAUUUGGAUGGUAGGGAGGAGAAAGAGGGUCGUUUUUCUCUUUCCACCUCCGCAUCGUCCCUUUCCCUCUUUUUCGCGUGCGAUUUCCAAGCUCGAAUCGAAUAAAAAAGGGGAAUUAAAGAUCUAGGGAAACCCCAAUCGCUUUUUGCUCCUCCCCUUUGUGCCGAUCCCAUGAGAUUCGGCGAGGCUUUGUUGCCCUAGGAGCUUCCGAUCGAUCCAGGGCUCUUUUUCGAGGCACAUACUCCAGUAUUAUUGUGCUUUACUUCUUGACGAGUAAGACUUUGUUGUUAUUGGACAUCACCUAGUGCCAAAACUUAGCAUGAGGAAUGAAUGGUCAUCUCUUAUAAAUUUGGGUCAUGAUAGUGGUAGCCCACAUAUCUUUCCCACAGAGUCGCAAUUAUCUCAAGGUUUUGGGCCGAACAUACUGCAACAAUUUGGUACAUUGGUCGACAAUUCUUUCCAUGGUAGCAAGCAAAUAUGUGUCUCUGGAAAUCUAGUUUUCCAGGAAGCAUUUAAUCGUCUUAAUAAGUUUGUUGGUGCAUUAUUUGUCCAACUAUCUGCUGGGUCAAAUUCGAAUAUAUUUCGUAGACUCUCAAGCAACUCUCAUGAGUUGCACUCAUGCGGUUAUCAGUCACAAAUAAAGAAUGUUACUUCUUACCUACAAAUCCUUCCUGGGUUGCAUUUUGGUUCUGGAUUUAAGGAUGAACAUUACGUACCAGUGAUUCUAGCCAAGCUUGCCAGUUCAACACUUGGCCGUUUCUGGAGGGAAAUCGAAAAAAACCAUUCUUUCCACAUACUAUCUCUAGCUGGAGCUCUUGUACCGCCACUCGACAAUUUAUCUGCGAAAGUACUUGCUGAAUCAGUUACCUUGGUGAACAAUGAUGAACAAAUUAAUGGGGUUGUGGAUCGCUCGCUAAGAGAGAACAAUAAUCGAAGCUGUCUUAGUCGUACCAUCUCUAAUAUUACCCGGAAAGAAAAUGCAAUUGAACCAAAGACUGGAAUCAAGUUCCCAACAGCUUUGGAAGAUAACUCUAAUCUGUCUAUGGAGGUGCUUGUUGGGACAGGUUUCCGAAGCAUGAAAAUAAUAAAGCUCAAGUCUCUGAAGGUCUAUGCAUUUGGCUUAUAUAUCCAUCCAGAAUCCGUUUGUGAGAAACUGGGUCGAAAGUAUUCUUCUGUACCCAUCAGCGAAUUGAUGAAUUGCUCAGAUUUUUUGAAAGAUCUCCUGAGGGAAGACAUUAGUAUGACUGUUCGACUGGUUGUUAAUUGUAAUGGCAUCAAAAUUAACUCUGUGAGAACUGCAUUCGAGAAGUCUCUGCGCACACGAUUACAGAAGAUGAAUCCUCAGACGGAUUUUCAUUGCCUGACUACUUUUGGUUCUUAUUUCACUCGAGAUAUUCCAAUACCUAUGGGUACAACUAUAGAUUUUAGACAAACAGCAGAUGGUCGGCUGAUAACAAAAAUUGGUGGCGAACAUAUUGGCGCUGUCCACAGCAAAGAUCUGUGCAAGGCUUUCUUCGACAUGUAUAUUGGCGAUCUUCCUGUGUCGCUGCGGGCCAAGGAAGAGAUUGCCCAGAAUGUUGCUGACCUCAUAAGAAAAUGCUGAAAGCAAAGUUUAAGUUCGUUAAGAAACGCCAUAUCUGGGAGCGUUUUGCAAAGAAGAGAGGCAUCAGUCAUAGAAGAUUUAGAUAGGCAUCAGUCAUAUAGAAGAUUUAGAU